UUAGUGAUACCACAUGAUACUCUUAAUUUUAGUUAACUUGUUUACGUUAUUUUAUGUCAACUCCUCUCACUUCUUCCAUAAAGUCCUUGUACAAUAAAACCUAGAAAGCAAACAAUGGUAGUGAAAAAAAACUACAUUGUAUUCUUGAAAAUCUGUUUUUUACCUCUGAAUAUAUAAUAAACAAAUGAAGUUCAGAGAAUUAGCCCCUGUAGACUAGGUUUAGAUGUAAGAAUCACCGUGUCUGUCUGUCUACACAUCUAUCUUCUGUCCGUCCCUCCCACUUUGUAUCUAGUGGACAACUUUGUAAUAAGAAGAGAAUAAAAAAUCAUACUUGUGACAAAAAUUGCAUACAAACAGAUAUAUGCAAUAAUUGAUUACAAAAUCUGAAGCUCAUUCGGUUCUUCGUGUUUAAAAGAAUCACUCAUCAACAGACAACACUUUCCUAUAUACAUGUAUGAUACUCAGGUUACUGUUAAUGCCCAUGGGCCUCUUGUUAAGUUGAAGUUUGAAUUUCAAUGCAGUACAUGAUUAGCAGUGAGCUUGGUCAAGGUUUUGUUUUCUGAGAAAAUGUUUCUGAUCAAAGUGAAUUGAUCACCAUGGUGAUAUUCAAAUAAAUGUUAUCACUUGAUGUUUUCAGGUUCACACUGGACUCCCAUGAGGUCCUGCAUUACUGAGGAAAGGAAGGUGAUAUUAAAAGGCAUCAGUUUUGACCACACAGAGUAUCCUUAAGUAGGGGGACUCAACAUUAAUCAAAAUCUGACUUCCUGUUUGGAUUGGACCAUCAACAAGUUACUGUAUAGAUUGUGUUCCUAAAGACCCAGACCCUCCACAUCAUGGACACACUAGGACUCAGCACUCAGCUAAAAGUACGACAAUGUUCUCAAUGUCAGGGGGACACUGAGUUUUACUGUAACACAUGUAAACGUGAUCUGUGUUUACAGUGUAAAGAGAAACAUGUCAUUGAUCUACAUACCAAACACCAUGAUGUUGUGAUUUACCGUGAGAAGUUUAACUACAUCCCCAGACAAGAGAUCUGUGUCAGACAUCCAGACAGGUUCUAUGAAAUGUUCUGUCAGUCGUGUGAACUUUCUGUCUGUUUCCGAUGUUUAGAGCACCGAAAACACCAAAUACUGGACAUUAGAACAGCCUAUCAAACAAAGCGACAACAACACCGAGAAAUCAUUGACAACAUCAGAAGUGAGACUCUCUAUAACUGUCGUGUUCUCCUGGCAGGAAUCCAAACUGAUAUCCAAACUUGUCCCCCACAAAUCUGUCACCGUCAAUCACAGAUGUCAACAAAAGCCCAGAGACUGAAGGAUCUGAUUGACACUGCGGUAUGUGAUGUUAAAACAAGAUACCGAGGUUUAUGGAUUGAUAGAAUACAACAACAGAAGAGAAAAAUGAACAGACACCUCACCCACAUACAGAACUAUGAAGACAGAUAUGAACAAUCAGCAAACAGAGCGGUACAAUUCCUCUUGUUUAUAAAGACCAGUCGUGUCCCCCAGAUAAAGGACACCCCUAAUCUUCCACAACACCUGCUGCUGUCCCUGACUGAGGGAUUCAACAUGGAGGAUGUCAGUCAGUUAUUGAGGGGAAUCCCAGAAAUCCAAAUGACAACAGGAAAACGACAAGUAGGAAUAGACGAGUGUGUGAAACUGAUGUCCACACCUGUAUUACACACGUCUGUCUGUGUGACAGGUGUUAGUGAGGUGUUACACAUAUCUCGUGUGAUGUCAGACCGGGUCUGGGUCUCUGAUUGGGACAAUCUCAUCUUGACAGACACAACAGGAGACACUAUACACCGUGAGACAGAUUUAACAUCAUGGUAUGAAAUAGGAGGACACACAGUGAACAGUUCUGGUGAACUGAUUUAUAUAGACAGGAAACGUAACAUCAACAAACUGUCUGUGAACAAUCAAACAGUCACCACACAGAUAGAGUAUACAUAUCCAUGGGAACCAGGGUGUGUGUACUGCUCCCCGUCCACAGGAGAUCUGAUGGUCGGGAUGUGUAACUAUGAUACAGGCAAGGUAACUCGGUACAACAGUAGUGGUCAACACAUCCUGACCAUACAACACGACAACAAACGUCACACGAUGUAUAGUGCACCUUUCUAUAUCACAGAGAACACUAACGGUGAUAUUAUUGUGUCUGACUGGCGUCGUGGUGCUGUAGUGGUGACAGAGCGCGGGGGGAGACAUCGAUUCUCCUACACAGGACCUCCAUCAGGAUCAUCACUAAAUCCACAUGGAAUCUGUACAGACGCGCUGUCACACAUCCUGGUGUGUGAUUAUAACACCGACACAGUACAGAUGAUUGACAAGGACGGUCACUUCCUGUCUCUGUUACUGACACGACAACACGGGAUAAACAAACCACACAGCCUGAACUAUGAUGAUAAAACUCACCUUCUCUGGGUCGGAUCAUACCUCACCAACACAGUGUCUGUAUAUAGAUAUCUACAGAGGAGGUACUCUCUGACUGAUAAUCCAGACAGAGAUGAACAGAUCACAGAAGCUUCUGAAAGUUAUGGGUAUGAGGAGGUUCAGGAAUCGGGAUCAGAGCUGGAAAUCAGUGGAGAGUCCGAGUCUGAAGAAAACAGCGAGGAUCUGAAGUCUGAGGAUAGCAGCGAGGAAUCUGAUCCUGAUGACGAGGACACUGCUGAAUCACAAACCAGUAAAGAUAAUGGUGUAGAGGAAAACGAUGAUCGGAAUGUAGAGGAGACCAGCGAGAAUGAAGAUGAAUAAGAAAUGUCUGGAUGUCAGCACGAAGGGGGGAUUGCUGUGACUAAACAGGGCACCAACACCUCAUCACCACAUCAUAUUCCAUCCUCCACCUGAGACAUUGAUGUUAACAGGCCAUCAACACUUCGUCAUCACAUCAUCUUCCAUCCUCCACCUGAGACAUUGAUGUUAACAGGCCAUCAACACCUCGUCAUCACAUCAUCUUCCACCCUCCACCUGAGACAUUGAUGUUAACAGGCCACCAACACCUCGUCACCACAUCAUCUUCCACCCUCCACCUGAGACAUUUAUGUUAACAGGCCACCAACACCUCGUCACCACAUCAUCUUCCACGCUCCACCUGAGAUAUUGAUGUUAACAGGCCACCAACACCUCGUCACAUCAUCUUCCACUCUCCACCUGAUACAUUGAUGUUAACAGGCCACUGAUAUCUCAUCACCACAUCAUCUUCCACUCUGCACUUGUGUUCCCAAAUAGAAUCCCUGAUAAACCUUAGAAUAAAGCAAUCUAUCAGUAACUGAAAAGACAAAAGCUUUGGACUUUGAAAUUGCAAUAUAGUUCAGGGAGGCAGCAGCUUUCUGUUUGGAAUUUAAUUUUAAGUUGAGUGAAUCCUCUUGAGGACAUGAAUCAGAUUUCACAAACGUAAUACGCCAGUUUCGAUAUUAGAGCUCUCCUGUGUAGGAGGUGCAUUUAGUGGAACUUUGAAUCCUUAGGUGGGGCAGAGUGGUACCACAGUCAGUGAGAAAGACGAUAAAAUGUAUAAAAACCGAGUUCUUAUUAAAUACUUGAUGUAGGAAAUUUAAAAUACUAUCAAAAGAAAUGUUUUACUAAAGUGGAACCAUAAAUACAAUGUUAUAUUUCCAAGCAAUGUCCUGGAUAUGAUAGCUAGGAGCAACAAAAUAACGUGAUAUAUCAAGAAUUCUAAGUAUUUAAUUACUUCUUGAAUACUUAUCAUUUACUUAGUUUGUGUAUCAGUCGAAAUUGGGUGAUGAAACUGUGUAUGAUAAACUUACUUAACAGAUUCACUUAUCUGUCCCACUCCCGCUUGUAAACAAGUUGUUUUGCACCUUACUAAGUAUGAGAGUUCUCCAAAGGGAAAUAACUCGGACGUAUCUCGAAACCGGCGUAUUGUGUUUGGUGUCUGUUGAUGAGAACAAGGAAAACAUUGACCCCAGUGUGCAAUACACGUGUUGUGAAAACAGUUUUAUGUUUGUAUCAGAAUUUGUAUAGACAGUUUUAUGCAUGUAACAUGCUUAUCAUGAAAAAAAUAUAUAUUGGUAUCGGAAUUUUGUAUAUUACUUCAUUUGGUUUAAUGAUUGUAUCUGAAAUUUUGUAUAUUAAGUUUUAUGUGUAGUUUGAUGUUUGUAAAUCUAUGUUUUGAAUAUUACUACAUUUAGCUUGAAGAUUGCAUCAGAAAUUUUGUAUAUUACUAGAUUUAGUUCAAUGUUUGCAUCAGAAAGUUUGAUAAAGUUAGAUCUCCAGUUUCAUGUAUAUCUGUUAUUGACAUUGCGUUGUUUAAAGAAUGUUACACCAGAAUAUAAUAAUUUCACAUAAAAAUCA